AUGACUAUCUUCAACCUGAACAUUUUCAAGGCAAUUUAUAUUCGCACUUCAAAAAAACAGAAUCCAAAACACUGUUUUGCUUUAUGUACAACUACUGCUGCUAAUGCUAAUCAGCAUAGUUUUAUAACCAAUACGCGGCCUUGCAGUCAGGUUGUCAUUAGGCGAUCAGGAAACUACAAACCCUCAGGAGAGAGAUACGCUACACGGUCUUCUGGGCUGAAAAUGCAAGUGAAGAUGAUGCUUGAUAAAACAGUAGAGCCACUGGAUCAGUUGGAAUUGAUUGAGAAUUUGCAAAGGCUGGGGAUAUCCUACCAUUUUGAGAAUGAAAUUAAGCAAAUCUUGUCAGUCAUUAACAAAAAAUAUAGCAAAAAUGAUCAACAGUCAAAGAUUGAGGAUUUAUAUGCUACGGCUUUGGAAUUCAGACUACUAAGACAACAUGGCUUUAAAGUUUCUGAAGGUAUAUUUGAUCGUUUCAAGAAUGAGAAGGGUGAGUUCAAGUCGAGGCUUUGUGAUGAUAUAGAGGGAUUGUUACAACUAUACGAAACUUCAUUCCUUUCAAUGGAAGGUGAAAGUACCCUAGAAAUGGCUACAGAAUUCUCUAUGAAACACCUUAAUGAUCAAACUAGUAUUGAUCAGUUCCAUUCUCGAUUGGUGCACCAUGGCUUGGAGCUUCCAUUGCACUGGACCAUACCGCGGGCAGAGGCUAGAUGGUUCAUAAACAUAUACAAGGACAGGCCAGACAUGAAUCAGAUUCUGCUUGAGCUUGCUAAAUUGGAUUUCAACAUUGUUCAAGCAAAAUAUCAGCAGGAACUAAAACAUAUCUCUAGGUAUUUAUUGAUAAGAUGCUGUAUUCACUCAAAAAUAAAUCGACAUCACAAGUUGUCUUUAAGGAAUUUGAUGGAGGGAAAUAGUCUCUCCUCAACAAAUUUGCCUUUCACUUUACCACUAUUUACUUUUAUUACGUGGUGGAAGGGAACUUGCCUUGCCGAAAAGUUGUCAUUUGCGAGGGUUAGGCUGGUGGAAUGUUUCUUUUGGACUACUGGGGUGAUAUUUGAACCUCAAUAUGAAUUUUGUAGGAAGAUAUUGACGAAGGUCAAUGCUUUAGUAACAACCAUUGAUGAUAUGUAUGACGUCUAUGGUACAUUAGAAGAGCUUGAAGUUUUUACAAGAAUCAUUGAAAGAUGGGAUCUCAAUUCAAUCCAUCAACUUCCAGAUUACAUGCAAAUUUGCUAUCUAGCCCUCAAUAAUUUCGUCAAUGAAAUGGCUUACGACAUUCUUAAAGAAAAAGGGUUUAUAAUAAUUCCAUAUUUAAAGAAAGCGGUAUCACUUUUAUUUAAAGCAUACUUACAAGAGGCAAGGUGGUACUUCAAUGGAUACAAACCAACAAUGGAAGAGUAUAUGAACAUUGCAUGGAUUUCAAUAUCAACUCAUGUCAUACUAUCCCAUGCGUUUUUCACUGUUACCAGUCCUAUAGAGAAGGAAGCUGUUCAGUACUUGCUUGAUUAUCCCGAUUUAAUCCAUUGGUCAGCAACGAUUUUACGUCUUUCAGAUGAUUUAGUUACAUCAAUGGAUGAAAUGAAAAGAGGUGAUGUUCCUAAAACAAUACAAUGUUACAUGAACGAAACUGGGGCUUCUGAAGACGAGGCACGUGAACACAUUAUAUCUUUGAUACGUGAGACGUGGAAAAAAAUGAACCAAGUUCAAGAAACAAUUUGUCCAUUCUCAAAAACUUUUAUUGAAAUUGCAAUGAAUCUUGCGAGAAUGGCACAAUACAUGUACCAGUAUGGGGAUGGGCAUGGCAUUCAAAAUCAUGAAACUAAAGAUCGCAUCUUAGCAUUAUUAUUUGAACCCUUGAUAUCAGAGCGAGCUUCUAUCACUCCUAAUAUAGACGAGCUAAUGUUCGUGGAAUCCAAUGUCAGAAAAGAAGAUGCAUCAAUGAAACAUGCAUUUGAGAUAUACCUAGUUGGUGUUGUACUCCUUAUUUCUCUUUUACCUCGUCCCUUCAUCUCCAUUCAUCCACUCCCAAAUCAUGGUCUAUCACUCAUAAUCGAAACCCUAAAUUAUAUCGAUAGUUCUCUCUUUCAAUACCCUCCUAAAUCGUUUGUUUACCUUCACCUUCCUAUUCUUACAUCUACAGCUCUGUCGACUAUUCACUACAGUAGGAGCUGUAAACAAGCUGUUAUAGAAACAGCGAAUUGCCAACCACGAAAGAGUUCCUCCAAGAAGCAGACGAAUCGUGACGAUACAACUUCGAGGGAGAUUUUUGAACCAAAGAACCAAAAAAUGGACAUGCACACCCGAUGCAUAAUUACACGAUCUGUUAGCAGUUUACCAGUUGGACAUAACAGUGGUAAUGGGUCGCCGACUGGCCCGACUCCACGUCCCAGAGUAGCAGAGAUGAAGAUGUCCCAAAUUAACAAUGCGGCCAAGAGGAUUAUAGAAACCAUAGUUUUAGAUUCUGGUUCCAACAAGAAAAAGAUUGUUCAGAAAAUUCAACAGCAGAGAGAUAGAGAGCAGUCCAAAGUGAAGGCAAAAGUCUCGGAUCGAGUUAAGGUUAAUUAUUUAUUUUUCGCGUUAGAAGUGAUCGUGUGGGGUGACGUUAGGUUUGGAGUAACCAUUGCCUCCCUGGUGAGUAUAUGGAGCAAGUAUGGUAUAUGUUUCGGUUCAAAACACGAGGUGGAGAUUGUUAGGUUUUUUGAUACCCAAUAA